AUGUCGACUUCAUCACCGGCCACGAGUGGCCCUCAGGCGCCGAAAGGACCUCCAUAUGCACCUACCACGGCGCUUCUCGGGUUGAUCCCGACCGUCAAGGUCGACGUUCCCAUCUGCGCCGUCUUGAUGGUCUUCUUCCUCAGCGGAUUCGUCCUGAACCUCACCAUUUUCCGGCGGAACAAGGCCCGCGGGCACAAGUUUCUGCCCUCGGUGCUCCUCGCCGGCUUCUGCAUGGCCCGCAACGCUGCUCUGGUCCUGCGCAUCGCCUGGUCAACCCACCACAACAACGCCCGCUUGACAAUCGCCGCCACCAUCUUGGCGGCUGCCGGCGUCAUCAUCCUCUUCAUCGUCAACCUCAUUUUCACACAGCGGUUGGUCAGGUCGAUACAUCCCCACUUCGGAUGGGGCCGCAUCCCCUCGUUGGCCUUCAAGGCUCUCUACGCCUACGUAAUCAUCUGCCUCAUCAUGACCAUCACCAUCACUAUUAUUUCCUUCUAUACCCGCAACCCGUCGACACUGCACACCGCGCGUAUCAUCCAGCUGCUCUCCGGCACGUCCCUUGCCGCGCUGGCUUUCCUGCCGAUUCCGAUCCUCAUCGCGACCCUACUAGCCCCUCGCAGGUCACUCCACGAGCCCUUUGGCAAGGGUUCGCUCAGGACGAAACUCAUUCUCGUCUUCUUCACCGCUACCUUGCUGUCACUCGGCGCCGGAUUCCGCGUCGGCGUGAGUUACACCACGCCCCGGCCCGCCUCCGAUCCGGCGUGGUACCACCAGAAGGCGUGCUACUACGUCUUCAACUACGUUAUUGAGCUGAUCGUGGUGUACACGUAUGCACUGAACCGUUGCGACCGCCGAUUCCACAUCCCCAACGGAUCCAGUGCACCGGGCCACUACUCUGCAGGCGUCAAAGAAACGAAACGCUCGAGUAGCACGACCAACAUCAACGAUUUGGAGGCCGAACGGUCUCCAAGUUACAAGGAAAGCUUUGGGAUAGAGAACAGCCCGUAA